AAUCUUGGCAAUUUUACAAUGCUACGUAGGCCUACAGGUUAGCCUAAUGCGACAAAUAAGAAGAAGAAUACGAUUUUUUAACGAAUGCAAUAUGAAAACCAACAUGCUGUGUGUGUCUUCUUUCCUCUGCACGGUCUCUGGCAUGGUGUCACCACAUGGUUGUGUCGGUAGAAAGAAGGAGUGAGUUGAAUUGAUACUGAAAUUAGUUUCCGUCGCCGGCUGACUCUACUAUUUAUUCACCUUCUACAUCUACGAGUCAUACAAGCAGGGACAAUGUCGACACCAAAUGAGUCCAGCGAUGGAAAUCUUUAUACGGAAGCAAACAUCCCGGUGAAUGUCGGAGGAAAGCUGUCUGUCUUCACAGUAACCAUUGGUGCAACAGUUCCCACUGGUUUCGAACAUACUGCUGCAGAAGAGGUUGGAGAGAAAAUUGAAGCUGAUGCAAGGAUUAGUAAAGACCGGGGCAGAAUUUAUUUUCAGAUAUCUACCGAUAAACUUCAUUUGGUGCAUCAUUUGAAGUCAGUGGACAACCUCUUUGUUAUUGUCAAGGAGUUUGACAAUUACCAGUUCAAAGACUCAAAGGAGGAGGCCAUGUCUGACCUUCAGCAGCUGGCAUCACAGUUACCCUGGGCCAACGCCUUGGAGGUCUGGAGAAUGAACAACUCCCUGAAGAAACGCAGGGGACGACGGAGAGGAGGGAAUGCCACAAAACCCAAGCCAGCCAAGGGAGAAGAUGCUCCUGUCCCUGCCAUGGGUGAAGGGGAUGCAGUAGUCACGACAACUGAGAAGGUCCAGCAGGAUCCAGAUGCCCCUCAGGGAGAGGAAGGAGAAGGUGUCCGAGGAAGCAGUCAGGAGGAAGAGGAGCUGGAGGACGAGGCCAGUAAGCCACUCAAGUUUCGGGUCACCUGCAACCGGGCAGGUGAUAAACACAGUUUCACGUCCAAUGAUGCUGCCAGAGACUUUGGUGGGGCAGUGCAGGAGUUUUUCCAGUGGAAGGCCGACAUGACCAAGUUUGACGUGGAGGUUUUGUUGAAUAUCCACAACAGUGAGGUGGUGAUAGGCAUCGCCCUGACAGAGGAGAGUCUGCACAGGAGGAACAUCACCCACUUUGGCCCCACCACCCUGCGCUCCACUCUGGCCUACGGCAUGCUCAGGCUGUGUAAACCCCAGGUAUCUGACGUCAUUAUUGAUCCAAUGUGUGGAACUGGAGCAAUACCAGUGGAGGGAUCCAUUGAAUGGCAGCAUUCCUUUUUCAUUGCGGGAGACAAUAAUGACAUGGCUGUCAGUCGCACUGUCAAUAACAUCAAUCACAUUCAGAAGAAGAAACAAGAUGGUGGCAGUGCCCCAGGUUUGCCUGUGGACACUGUGCAGUGGGAUUUGUGCCAUCUUCCAAUGAGAACCAACUCGGUGGACAUCAUUGUCACUGACAUGCCAUUUGGAAAGAGGAUGGGGUCAAGAAAGAAGAACUGGGACCUUUACCCAUCAUGCCUCAGAGAGAUGGCCCGCGUGUGUAGACCCGGAACAGGGAAAGCCGUUUUGCUCACCCAAGACAAGAAAUGCUUUUCAAAAGCUCUAUCCCGGAUGGGUGGGCUGUGGAGGAAGGUGCACACCGUCUGGGUGAAUGUGGGUGGGCUCCACGCUGGAGUGUUUGUCCUGAAGCGCACGGCCUCAGACUACGGCACGACACCCGAAGAUGUCCGACCCCCUCGGGAAGCCCCUGAAGCGCCAAACAACAACAAAGAGGAGCAGUGACCAGAAACCUACCCUUGUAAUUCAAAAGCAUUUUAAAGUCUAGAAUAACCAAGUUUACUCUUUUACAGAGAGUUGCCAAUGUGUGUUGAUUUAUGAGUGUUUGUGUACAAGGUAUGCUCAGUACCCUGUGUUUUUAGUGACAGUUAAGUCAAAGAGUUGCUUCCUUUUCUCAGGAUCCUGGCAUACCAUAUCAUACUUGGAGUAUACAGGAUAUAGGAUUAAAAAGGAUUUUUCUGGUCUUUGUGUGCUUUAACGUCUCUAUUGUUUAUAGUUGAAAAUGGAAAACAGCUGUUCAAAUAUAAGCCACAGCACAGAUAUCUUUGUGAUUGGGCUUCAGGUGUUACAAAAAGCAUUGUAAGUUGUUUUUUUUAUCAGGUUUGAAAAUGUCUGGCUGAAUAUCUUGUCUUGUCUUGACUUGGCUAUCAGCAUACUUUUAUGUAUUUCUUUACCAUAAGCACAAAAAGAAAAAAAACUUGAGUGCACAGCUGAAGUUUCUUAGGUUUGUUAUAAAGAAGAUUACAUUUGUUAUUUCUUUAAAACCAUUUGUGUCCAUUGUUCUUAUGGACACUGGGUUACAAAGUGUUUCUGUUGAGAGUUGGUGGUGACAGUUGACACUCCUUUAUAAAUGCUCAUGUUAUUGACUGGAAACUUCUACUGUGGUAUUUUCAAUGCUCAAUCUAAAAUAAAGUUCAUUGUUCAUUCAGAGA